AUGAAGGUGAAGAAGGGCUAAACAGGAAAUUCGACCGGACCACGACGUGAAGUACAUGGGAUGCGUCGCAGUUGCUUCGUCCGUCCAGCUCUCCCAGGAGACUACAACCAACAAAGCCUGACCUCAUCUGAACCUUCGGCUCAGCAGCAGAGCGUUUUUCCAAACAUGGCCUCCAUGUUAAGCUUUGGAAGCUCCACCAGUGCCUGCAGGACUGCAACUUCUGGAAGAGCAGAGGUGGCACCGGAGUUUGAUGAUAAAGGAAAUCUGGACCCUGACAGACUUCUGCAGUGUCCUUUCGACAAAAAUCAUCAGAUCAGGUCUUGCCGCUUCCCUUACCACCUUAUUAAGUGCAGGAAGAAUCACCCCAAACUGGCCAGUGAGCUGAAGACCUGCCCCUUCAACGCCUGCCACCUGGUGCCCAAGCACGAGCUCAGUCACCACACUGAGACGUGUGUGGACCGGGUGGUCGUGGACUCUGGCAGCGCAGGUGAUGUCAGUGGUGAUAAUAAAUGGCACGUCCCUGUCAGUACCUGGGUGAACCCUAACGUGACUGAAGACUGGGAGUCAGAAACUGACCACAACGCCUCCCCAUUUAUCUGGGGUCGAAGCAGCUCCUUGACUGUGAAACAGGAUGUCCCUCCAACCAACAACCUCGGUCCUAGUUUUCGAGCCCCCAACACCCUCCCAUGGUUUUGAAGCCAAAGUUCUCCUUUUAAAUCUGUUCUUAAAUUGUACCUCACGGCUGGGAUUCGGUUCGUCUUUUGUAGAACUGUUGGGGUCAUGUUUGAACAACUCAGUUUUUAAUUUUGUUUGUACCCAGAUAUUUUUAAGUCUCUCAAGGUUAAAACCCAUACCCCUGACCUGUUCUUACUGCUGAAGUAAUGCUAUUGUUUGGAACCUGGAGACUGGAAUAAAACUUUUUUUUUGUUUUUUUACUAAAAAAAAAAGUUUAUCUGUUGUGUAUUAAAUUGUGUUACUUGCAGUUCAGCUGAAAUAAAAGGGAAUAAAUGUACAUUAUUCCAUAGUCCAAGGUUUCG